CUUGUGAAGAACCUCCUCCUAGGAGGGUUAAAGAAGUGCCUACUGGAAGAUGGGAUGAACCUCCCUAUCCACAUGGUACUCAAGUAACGUACAGAUGUCGGCCUGGAUAUAUAAAACUUGGACAAAUUGUGUUUCAGUGUGCUGAUGGAGCAUGGAAGCAACACCCCCCAGGGGCAGAAUGCAAAAAUAAGCCCUGUGGACAUCCUGGAGAUACUGAGUUUGGUUCCUUUGAACUUACCAGUGGAACUGAAUUUGUAUUUGGUGCCAGAGUUGAGUACAGAUGUAAUGAUGGAUACCAGAUGCUCAGCCAGAGAAAUUACCGUGAGUGUCGGGCAGAUGGAUGGAGCAAUGACAUCCCUCACUGUGAAGUGGCAAAGUGUUUACCUGUACAAGCACCAGAAAAUGGAAGAAUAAUUGUGACUGGUGCAUUUGAGCUAGGCCAAGAAUAUUCCUUUGGCCAGGUUGUAAAUUUUGAAUGUAAUGCAAAAUACAGGCUUGUUGGAUCUAAAGAAAUAAUUUGCUCUUCUAAUGGAAAAUGGAAUAGUGAUGUACCUCAGUGCCAAG